AUGCUGUUCAAUUCAAUCCUGACGCCGGCCCUCCUGGCUCUAGCGUGGAGCUCGGAUGUAGUUGUCGCCUCGAAGCAUGGUCGCUUUGCCCAGCUCGCCCGUGAUCCGCUGGAGAGAGCGAAGCGUGCUGCAAACGAUGCACAUGCGAAGCCUGUAAGGUCCACUCAGGACUUUCGCUUUCUGAGCGACAAAACAAAGCCAUACGUUGUGAACCACAUGCCCGAUGUGCCCUUCGAUGUGGGUGAGAUGUAUUCGGGGUUGGUGCCCAUCGACGCAGACGACAAGUCGCGCGAGCUAUUCUUUAUCUUCCAGCCCACCAUCGGCAAGGAGGUCGAUGAAGUCACCAUCUGGCUGAACGGCGGUCCUGGCUGCAGUUCCAUGGAAGGCUUCUUUCAGGAGAAUGGUCGGUUUGUCUGGCAACCCGGUACCUAUGCACCCGUCGAGAACCCUUACUCUUGGGUGAACUUGACCAACAUGCUGUGGGUCGACCAGCCCGUCGGAACUGGAUACUCUACUGGUACGCCGACUGCGACGUCUCAAGAGGAGAUUGCCCAGGAUUUCAUCAAGUUCUUCAAGAACUUCCAGAAACUCUUCGGCAUCAAGAACUUCAAGAUCUACGUCACGGGCGAGAGCUAUGCUGGCCGCUAUGUCCCGUACAUCUCGGCCGCUAUGCUGGACGAGAAGGAUAAAGAGUACUUUGACCUGCACGGCGCCCUUGCCUAUGAUCCCUGCAUUGGCCAAUUCGACUACAUUCAGCAGGAGGCUCCCGUGGUGCCCUUCGUCAAAGACCACGCGAACCUCUUUAACUUUAACGAGACGUUCAUGGCUGAGCUGGAGCACCUCCACCAGAAAUGCGGCUACGCCGGCUUGAUCGAGGAAUAUCUGACUUUUCCCCCGCCCAAGGAGCAGCCACCCCUGUUUUUCAACUAUACCAGCAUGGCCGAUUGCGACGUGUUCGACAUGAUCUAUGAAAAAGUCUUCGAUAUCAACCCGUGUUGGGACCUGUACGAAGUCAACCAGAUGUGCCCGCUGCAGUGGGACGUGCUGGCCUUCCCUACCUCCCUGGUCUACCAACCCGACGGUGCAAGCGUCUACUUCGAUCGCGCCGACGUCAAGCAUGCCCUACACGCGCCGAACGUCACCUGGGCCGAGUGCUCGAACGAGUCGGUCUUCGUUGGCGGCGACUCCGGCCCCGAACAAGAGGGUGACACCUCCGCAAACCCGAUCGAGCAUGUCCUGCCACAGGUCAUCGAGGCGACCAACCGUGUGCUCAUCGGAAACGGCGAUUAUGACAUGGUCAUCAUCACCAACGGCACACUGCUCGCCAUCCAGAACAUGACCUGGAACGGCCACCUCGGCUUCCAGAAGAAGCCCUCUACCCCGAUCAACAUUGAGAUCCCAGAUCUUAUGUACGCCGAAGUCUUUGCCGAGAAUGGCGCUUCGGGACUGGAUGGUGCCCAGGGUAUUAUGGGCAUCCAGCACUACGAGCGCGGCCUGAUGUGGGUUGAGACCUACAUGUCCGGCCACAUGCAGCCGCAGUAUCAGCCGCGGUCGGCUUACCGCCACCUGGAAUGGCUGCUGAAGCGCACUGACGAGAUCUAA